AUGUCUGAUUUACCAUACCAGCCUAAAGGGGAACCAAUUACUGAAUUUAUUAAGUUUGACAAUGCUAAUUUCAAAACAGUUACUUGGAAAGUUCCUCAAGAUGUGACUUACAAAGGUAAAAUUGUCUAUGUUCACGGGUUUUCAGAGAGUGCUGCUAUUUAUACUGAAUUCUUUGACAAAUUGUCUCAAAAAGGAUAUGAAAUAUUUUUCUUUGAACAAAGGGGAGCGGGGGAAACAUCUCCAGGUAAAGAAGUCGGCAGAACUAAUGAAGAACAUGUCUUUAAAGAUCUAGAGUUUAUGAUUAAGUACAAUCUCGACAAGAGAGAAGACAAAGAAGAAAAACUCUUUUUGGCAGGACACCUGAUGGGUGGUGGAAUUGUUUUAAAUUAUGGGAUAAAAGGUAAAUACAUUGACCAAAUUAGAGCUAUAUUUGUCAGUGGACCUCUUAUACUCUUGCACGCAAACACUGAACCCAAUAUUAUAUUACGAAAGUUAGCUCCUAUAGUUAGUUAUCUUUUGCCUAAUAUGAGAUUUGAUUCUAAGUUGAAUUAUGAUUACAUAACUUCAAAUGAAGGAUGGAAAGCGUAUAUAAUGAAACACGAUAAGGUAUUGGUUGGGACAGCUCGUCAAUUUCAAGACAUGUUUGUUAGAGGCGAAUCGUUAACCCACAAGGAUUACGUCUCUAAAUUCAACACUAGUAUUCCCUUAUUGGUCCUUCAUGGUACCGACGACAAUAUUAAUUGGAUUAAAGGAACUGAGAAGUUCUUUAGCUUGUUGAAUGAUAACAUGGAUAAAGAGUUUGUUCCAGUACAAGGAGCCAGGCAUAACCUAUUUCUUGAAAAUGAAAAGAUUUUUGGAGAAGUGUUUGAUAAAUUACUUUCAUUCUUGAGUUCCCAUUAG